GGGGUCAGCAGUCACAAGAUUGCUCUUCUUCCACAUUUAUACCCGCAGAUAGAUUGUAAAUAUAUUACUCCUCUCUCUCAGUGGUUGAAGAUGAAAGGGCUAGCUGUACAAGUGUUGGCUGCUGUCCUUCUCUUUGUAUCGCUUUCCUUCUCCCAGGAAGAUGGCGAGAAACGCCCCAAAUAUGUCGUAGUGGACAAACAAAUCAACGUCAGGGAGAUCAUCCGAUUUGGAGGGAGACGGGGUGAAGGUCAAAAUGAUGUAGAGGAGUUCGAGGCCCCAGAGGAAACUGGAUCCUCCCAUGAAGCUUCGGUUUAUUCGCUGUUCUCAAUGCUGUCCAAUGCUGCUAAAAUAAGAAAGAUUAAAAACAUGCUGCCCUUGUCUGGACUUCAAGUCCUUCCUGUCACAGAUGACGACACAGGAACGGCCAUAAAUUGCGGGCCAUCUGGUUCACAUAUAAACGUGACAUGGAAACCCAAAGUAAUCGACCCACAGAAAUAUGUUCAAAUUUAUCUUGACAUUGUGGAUCCCAUUGACUUCGAUAAGGGUAAAGCACACAUUGAUGUAUACAUGGAAGACAGCCCACAGCCUAUUUUCUCCGUGGACCAAGAUAUCUCUUGUACCGACAUUCAAAAAGCAGUUGGAAAACUCUUCAGUUGUCCAAUCAAAAAAGGAGGUCAUCAAGGGCUUUCAUUCCAGUACAAAGAUCUGACCAAACUACCAACAGGAAGCUACACAAUUGUACUGAAGAUCUUCAGCUAUGCUACCAACCCCAACCCAUUGUUUGCCUGUUUGAAUGUGACCCUGAAGAUUGUGCCUUCAAUGAAACAGGCUGCUCAUCCAUUGCCACAAGUUAUUGUCUAAAAUGCCGGGAUUUACAUUGUUAAUCAUCUACAGACACACAGACAUGUUUAUGAGGGAUAUUAACUAGCAUAAUACAUUUUAUCACAUUAUAGCUUUUGCACAUGAGCAUGCUGUUCACUGUAGAGUUUUAGUGACUGUUGUACCUGUACAGUGUACAUGCAGUAGUCAAGAACAGAUUUAGAAUAAAGCACCGAUAUCACCUACAGAGAUUAUUUAUAGGGCUUUUGUACAUCCUGUAAUUUGCAUUUCUUCACUAAUUUGUACAUUUUCUUAACUAUCAUUAAAUAUACUACAUUUUGGUUGCUUUGUAGAGAAUCUAUAUGUAAUAAUAUGUAAUUAUGUGUUGUUCAUUGUACAUUUGCACUCACAUGGCCUAUAUUAAAAUUUUAUUUUGCAUUUUUGAAAGAGAUGAUGCUAAAUAGCCUUAAUUAAAUAAAAAUCCAUAGUUUUCAAGGACAGAGUAGCUAACUAUAUUCAACAUUUUAGUGCAAAACUGAGUAAUAUAUCUCCUUUUGUUUUAAAUAGAAAUUAAUUUUGAUUUAUAUAUCCAUUUGUUUAAAUGGCGCAUCUCCAAAAGGAAAUAAACAAAUUUCAGUGUUGGGCCAAAGUACAUUUUAUAUAGGGUCUGAUGAAAUCCAUGCAGUAUUCAAAUGUUCAGAUCUUUUACAAAGAGUCCCAUUUAUUUGACUAACUUCUAGAAGAGAUCAUUCUGGAAUAUGUUGCAGAUGUAAAUGUGUUUUUCUUUCCUCCAUUUACAAUAUUUAAUGUUCCUAUGUUGUUGUUUUUUUUUCCAUUUUGUAUUUUCUUCCUAUCAUUGAUGUAAUAAUUUUGAUUCAAAAUAAAUUCAACUGUUUUA